GACCCCCGCUCCGAAAGCGGAAAGUGGGAUCUAGGAGCCGGGAGCUGGGGGGCCCCUGGCCUGCGCUCCGGGCCCCGCCCCCUCGCUUCUCCCUGCUCUCCCGCUGUUCCACCCGCCUCCGGCCGGAGCUGGGGCGGGCGGUCUGGAGAGGAAGGGAGGGGGCUUCACUCUCGGGAAAGAACGUGCUGUACCCUCCUGCUCGCUCGGCCUCCUGAUCCCAUUCGCUUCUGCGUUCAUCUCCAUCAUCCUCCGUCCUUCUAUUUCUGUCCUGUCUCGGCCCUGCUCCUCCAGCUGAAUCACCUUCGGGCAAGUCGUUUGACUCCGUAACCUCACUUACCUCAUCUGUAAAAUGGGCUAAUACCACCUGGUAUUCUGGGAAAUCAGGCGGGCGGGCUGAGGUCGCGUGUGGGAGAGAGGUGUCGGCUGUUCAGAUACAAACUAUUAUUUCUUUCUCCCGAGCCUUUGAACCUCGGUAUUUUGGACUGUUUUCAUUUCUCUGCGCAGUUCUCCCUGUCUCUCUCUGCUUUUCCAUCUGCUUGCCUUUCUGAUUUUCUCCUCGAAGCCAAUCUGUGACUCUGUUCAUUUGUUCACUCACCAGCGUUUGGACGCAGUGUGCCGCGUGCCAGGACAUGUGCUAGGAUGCUAGCUAUAGCAGAUGGGACCCCAGCUCUAGCCUCUGAGAGCCCAAGAGACCCCCAGGGCCGGCAGGCAUGAAGAGGGUCAUUACAAUACCCGCAGCACGUGAUCACAGCCAUUGUGCUCCCAGGGCCACAUCCCCCUUGGUUCCAGACCAGUGCCUCCGAAUCCCUUGGAAAACUUGUUAGAAAUUCAGGUUCCUAGCCCCCAACCCUGAGGUUUCUGGCUCAUUCAUGCAAUCUGCAAAUAUUUAUUGAGCGUUGGGGCAGGACCCAUUUCCCGGUGCUCGGGAUGCUGUGGAACCAUCAGACCAAGGCUCAGCUUUGGUCCUAUCCCACUGAGCUGAACCCAGGAAUCUGCAUUUCUGAUCAGAACUUCAGAUACAGGUGGUCCUUAGACCACCCAUUGUGGCAUGGCUAGAGGGGGCGCUCAUAAGUCAGGCUGGACUGUGUGUGGUAGUGAAGGCGGAAGGAGGCUCAUAAUGUGUAAUGCUGUGGGGGGCAACCUAUCCCAGCUCUUCCAUCCUGGCUCCCACAGGCCAUUCCCAAGAGGUUGGGAAGGGAGUCCUGAGUAGGCCAAAGAUGAGUGGAUAUCUGGAGGUGCCUCCCUUCCAUGUCUGACAUUUCCUUGUCCUGAAAAGGAAAAAGAAAAAACAAGCCCCCCCCCUCUCAAUCCUCUCUCUCUCUCUCUUUUUUUUUUUUUUUUGAUGUCAGUCUUCUUGUCAGUAUUGGAUUGAGAGCUAUCAAGUAGGCUUCCUCCCCCUGCUUCUGUCGAAGAGACCUCAGUCCCUGCAGCCGGUGACUGCACUGCGGGCCCAGAUCACACCGCCGCCCCUAUGCCCCAGUGUCUUUGCAGCAGAUGCCCAGCAAACAUCUAGCAAGUGCACAAGGCUAUGUCAGGCCCUCUGCUGGGCACUGGAGCCAGAGAGCUGGUGGCAGCGCCAACCUGAAGAUGCUACUGGGAGGAGACGCCGUGGUCGAGCUGGACCUCAACGAUUACCUAGAUAUCUUCUGUCCACACUACGAGGGCCCAGGGCCCCCUGGCGGCCCUGAGACAUUCGCUUUAUAUAUGGUGGACCGGCCAGGCUAUGAGGCCUGCCAGGCCCAGGGCCCAGGUGCCUUCAAACGCUGGGAGUGUGCCCUCCCCUUUGCUCCCUUUGGACCUGUCCGGUUCUCCGAAAAAAUUCAACGCUUCACACCCUUCUCCCUUGGCUUUGAGUUCUUGCCUGGAGAAACCUACUACUACAUCUCGGUACCACCUCCAGAGAGUUCUGGCACGUGUUUGAGGCUCCAGGUGUCUGUCUGCUGCAAGGAGAGCAGGUCAGAAUCAGCCCAUCCUGUUGGAAGCCCUGGAGAGAGCGGCAGGUCAGGGUGGCAAGGGGGGGGUGCUCUCAGCCCCCUCUGUCUCUUGCUGCUCUUGCUGCUCCCAAUUCUGCGUCUCCUGCGAGUUCUCUGAGCCAAGUGGACCCCUCUGCCACCCCCAGGAGCGAGAGCCCUCCCAAGACUCCCCGCAGGAGCUGCCCUCCACCCCCCCACUGCCACUUGAGCUGGUAUGUCAACCAGCCAGAACAAUGGAAGAGUGGGGGGGUGGGUCAGAGGGUCUGAGGUGAGCCUUCCAGGGGCUGGCCCUUUAUUACAGGCUGAAGAGGAGCUGCAGGGCAACUGCACACAGCCCUGGGCAUGCUGGAGCCCAGGGUCAGAACAUAGGGUCUUUGUCAGCUGCUUUGAUGUUCUCAUUCUGCCCCCUAGAAUUGCUGGGGUUUAGUGGGAUUUAGCCCUUGAGUCUGUGGGGCCAAGAUGGAAGACCUGGGCACAGGUGGAUCACCAGACCAGGGCAAAGAAGCAGCCCAGGCCUGCUCUCUGUGUCCGGUACCCUGUGGGCAGCAUUUCCCCUCCCCAAGGGGUCACUCACUUGUCUUCUAUGAAGACGGACUUGCCAUGAGAUUGAAUAUCAUGCCAGUUUGUAUUUUUAUAAGUGUCUGGACCAAACACUCAAUAAACCACCCAACUUUUUGUUGCUGUCCCCCA